AAAGUUAGAAAUAUGCUGCAAGUUAUGCAAGGGAAGAAGUUAUACCGUCGAAAACAUAGAAGAAAGUGGAAAUACAGGGGCACAGAAUAAAGAUGGAGUUAAAGAGAGUUUUUGGAAAAGACGACACGUAAUCGCACUCCAUGGAUUUUUCGUUUAUUAUCUUAUGGCUGCUUACAGAAUUAACAUAAGCGUCGCCAUGGUUGCUAUGGUGGAUCUUUCAGGCUAUGAAAAUCAUACUCUUCAGCAAAACUGGAAUGUAUCAUCAGGCAAUAGUAGUCAAGUUACAUUUGAUCAAGGCAUUAAGUACAACUGGAGUCCGAAAAUUCAAGGUUGCGUCAUAGGGGCCGGUUUUCUAGGAUAUGUUCUAUCUUUGAUAGCUGGAGGAAAACUGGCAGAAACAUUCGGACCUACAAUAGUGCUAAUCAUUGGGACAUUCACUUCAUCAUUCAGUACCACAGUUUCACCACUAACAAGCAACAUCAGCCCUUAUUUUACGAUGUUGAUUCAAUGCGUACGAGGAGUGGCUCAGGGUUUGAUGCUCCCAGCAAUGACAGUUUUAUCAGCAAACUGGUUUCCCAGAUCGGAGCGCGGGUUUCUCUCCGGACUUUCUCUCUCUGGAGGUGCGCUUGGAGUUUUAGUGACAGGAAUCCUAUCCAGUUUAAUUUGUGACAGUGUUUCCUUGGGAGGUUGGCCUUCAGUUUUUUAUAUCUUUGGAGGGUUUGGAAUUUUACUGUCAGUACUUCAGACACUUUCUUUGAAGAGCUUACCUAAAGAUGAUUUAAGAAUAUCUAAAGAGGAGCUGAGAUAUAUUUUAGAAAACCAAGAAAAUGAAAUGACAAUAAAGAGGCCAGCAGCUCCUUGGGGUCAAAUAUUGUAUUCUAUGCCUACAUAUGCCCUGUUGUUAGCUUCUUUUGGACAAUAUUGGAUGAUAGUUCAUUUUGUAUCGGUUCAUGCAACAUUUUUAGCGACUGUUCUUCGUUACCCAAUUACUGAGACUGGAACAUUGAUUUCCGUGCCGUUCUUGCUAAGGUUGAUCUGUAAUGUGUCGUCGAGUUUCUUAUCUUCCUGUUUGACCACAAAUAACUACUUAAGUUUAAACAAAGUUAGAAAAUUGUGGAAUCUUAUUGGUUCUGUGAUCUACUCCCUUUGCCUCGCUCUUAUAAUUUUUUCGAAUUCUGAAAAUACAGUGACAAUCGUCUGCACCAUUUUAGGAAUUGGCAGCACCGGUUUUAUGAACAGCAGUAUAAUGGUGAUUGCUCUAGAUAUGAGUCCAACUUUCUCCGGUUCCUUAAUGGGCUUGAGUACAACAGUUGGAUCUCUUUCUGGAUUCAUACUACCUGUUGUGUAUGGCAUUUUAACGAAUGAAGAGCAAACAGUACAACAGUGGAACAAAUUCUUCAUUAUAAGCAUUGUCAUAGUCAUGAGUUCAGCAAUAUUCUUUUGUAUUUUUGGAUCUGCUGAAAUUCAAAGUUAUAACUCAUCCGAAGAGAAAUUGUCUCUCAAGACCGAAGGAGAAGCAAAAAGUUAUUCAAAGGUUGCUUAAAUGGUUGAUACUUCAAAAUUUUUCAACUACGCUUGCCUUACAACAAUGAACAUUGUGGCAAAGAAAAAUAAAGGGGUGCAAGUGGACUUUUUAAAGUUACGAGAAACAUGCGUUUAAAAUUCAGAUCCUUGGUAUGCUUUCACUGAAAGUCCUGCUAUAUAGCAGCACCUAUCAGGAAUACGUGUUCUGCCUCUUGCCUCGAAACAAAGGGCAGGUUUUCCUACCAUUUGUGCAGGUUAUCUCGAAAUUUUUUAUUUUGUCACUUACAUCCCUUUGCUUCUCACUACCUCAAUUUUAGCAGACCUAGUUAUUUUUAUUACA